AUGUGCCACGUGGCAGAAAGGCGAGGUUUCGUUGAUGGAUACGAGGGGAAGGGGAUAAGAGAGAAGGGGAAGCGGAAAAGAGGAGAGGAGGGGAAGGGGAAGAGUGGAAAUGAGCGAAAGGGGAAAAGAGGAGCGGAGGGGAGGGGGAAAAGAGGAGAUGGGGAGAAGGGGAACGAAGCAGAUGAAAGGAAAGGGGGUGAGAGGCAGGAUCAGGCAGGUGGUGCGGAGGAUGGGAGGAAGGGUAGUGAAGGAGCAGUGGGUGCGGAAGCCGAGGGCGCUGAUGGGACGAGGCUGCACAGCCAGCGGAGGAGGAGGGGGAGGCCGCGGAAAGUCGUCUCUGAUCGUGGUGCUGCUGUCCCGUCUGCUGGUGCUGGCAGGGAAGCGAACGGGCGGGGUGGUGGCAGCGAUGGGAGUGCUGUCUGGAGCGAAGAGCAGCAGCAGGAUGAGAUGGGCGGUGCUUCCGAGCUGGAGGAGCUCCACCAUGGUCUCAGCAGCAGUGGACGUUCUCAUGAUGAUAACGCUGCCCUCAACACCUUCUCCUCCCCCCACACGCCCAUUCCCACCCCCAUACCCACUCCCCCCUCCUCGCCCCCACCGUCGCUACACGCGCAGUUCCAAGACCUCUACUCCACGCAUCUCGCGCACAUGGCCCCGCCCUUCGCCUCGCAGCGAGCCACGAGGGACAACGCCAUGGCCUUGCUCGCCCUGCACGCCCCGCCCCACACCCUCGCUGCCAUCUUCCGCGCCUGCUCCUCGCUCUUCCUCGUGCCGCUCACCCACCGCAUCCGGGCAGCUCUUGAGAUCUUUUCUGCCCACGGGCUGCCCGAGUCGCUGUUUCUGAGUGUCAUCCGGCGGGUGCCCGAGCUGAUUCUGGAUGCCCGGCUGGAUGACUCUCUUCCCAGCGCCGCUCCCUCCCACCUCCCCUCCACCGAUCUCCCUCACAUACAGCAGGUGCUGCAGUUCCUCUUCCUGCACCUCCCUCCCCCCACUGUCGCCAAGCUGCUGCACUCGGCUGCGUGCCGUGUCUUCCGCACGCCCCUGCCCUCGCUCCUGCUGCACCUCUCCGCAAUGCACUCCAUCCUCGCCCCCCCUCACUCCCUCCUCCUCCGCUACCCCCUCGCCCUCCGCUUUUCUCCUGAGACCCUCAAACAGAGGCUUUCGCGAUUGGCUGAGAUUGUGCCGCUGACAGGAGCGCAAGAGGGGGUGGGAGGUGAAAACGGAAGUGGAGGAGGGGAUGGAGAGGCGAGAGCGAGAAGGAAGAUAAGACUUCACUCUGCCUCUCUUCUCCCGAUCCCUCCUCUCGAUCCUUCUCUUUCAUUCUCGGCGGAUGCAGCAGUGCUCUCCCUCGUGUGCAGGCAACCACACAUUCUCCAUGCCAAAAAGAAAACCAUGCAGGAUGUGGUAACCACACUCACCACUCUCUUUGGCCCACAAGGCACGUCCUACGUGCUCGCCCGCCACCCAGCCCUGCUCACCGUCUCCCCUCGCACAAUCGAAGAGGCCAUGUUCGGACUUAUCGACAUUUUUGGCGAGGAAGUUACCCUAGAUAUGGUUCAGCGCGAGCCGGGGAUCAUACAGGUGCGGCACAGCACACUCCGGCCGAAGAUUGAGUUUGUUCUCGGGGAGAUGAUGCGCAGCAAGGAGGACAUCAGGGUGUGGCCCAACGUGCUGCUGCGCAGCCUGCCGCACAUGCUGGUGCCGCGGUACUUCCUGGUCACGAGGAAGGACCGCCAUGCCGCCAGGGUACUGUCCCUGCCGUGCCUCUUCAGCCACUCCGACGUGCGGUUCAGGAGGAGAUGGGAGGUCAGUGAUGCCGACUGGAGUAAGGCGCUUAUGGUGGGAGAAGUGUGGGAAGCCAGGAGGAAGGAGGGUGUGUUGGCUGGUGCAAAUAAGUGA